AUGGCGGAGUCUAGCGAGGCUAUGCAAAUUGACGAAGAGCAUUUUGAGGCAGUUUUAGGUUGUGUACACGAUGUUUCGGUUGUUGAAGAAGAUGGUUCUGGUGAGAUAGAGGCGUCUAAGACGGUGACGCCGAAAUCCAGUCGAAGGAGCCUCGAUUUUACGGGAAAACACGCGUUAACAACGGAAUCAAAGUCUAAAAAUCUUCCCAAUCCAAAGCGAUUUCAAAUUGGUAAGCAAAUAUAUUUAUAAUUACUGUAAAUACCAAACAUUUUCAUUUGAUACAUUGUAUUUGUUUAAAUUAAUACGCACAUUAUUAAAAGUAUAUAUUUUAUAUAUUUGAUACUGUAAUAUCUUUUGCUGGAGAUGUUUUCAUAUUUUAAAACUAUUACAGCCAGGGCCUUGCAGAAUCUAUCUAUCUAGCUUGCUUUGCAAUGUUGCUCACCGUAGCUUUACAUAAGUCCCACUCGCCCAACCCCCCUCCCCCGGUUGUUAUUAGGAAAAGUUGGUAAUCGUUCCAUGUUUCGCGCACCAAUAUAGUAAAUGUUAUGUAAUAGAUAUUAUAGUGUAUUGAAAAGUUCACUAGAUACCUCCAUACACAUAUAUACACACCCUAACCCCAACCUUAAACGUAACCCCUAACCUAACCCUAAUACCUAACCCCUAACCCUAACCUAUAUUGGUGCGCGAAACAUGGAAUGAUAACCAAAAAGUUAAAGUAGACAUGUUAGCUAGGUUGUGCAAUACUGCAAUGUAUGUCUGUAAUAAACCGAGCAUUGAGAUGUUACUCUGAGUGUAUAUCCACAUUACACCAACACACAUUACACCUAGAUUCAGUUCCAAAAUAUCACAUGCUUGAACAGGCAUUUUUUUCAAGCCUGCCCGGUGUGGAUAUACACUCAGAGUAACAUCACAAUCAUCAUAUUCACCUGAGUACAUUACACCAACACAGAAAAAUCACUAAAGCGAGCAUUGUGGACAGAUAAAUGUCAAGCAUGUGACUGAUGCUGCACCAGCUUCCAGUGGUGUGUGAGACAGGGCUUUGAAUGAUAUAGAGUUGAUGAAUUAAGUCAAUUUCUCCAUACAACAACCUUUUGGCUAUCAUAUGUUACAGAAAACCUGCAUUAGAAAUGAAAUACAGUAUAAAUGUUUUUUCCAUAUUUGGUUUAUACUAGGAGAGAAGCCUUCUGGUAGAGAAGUGAAAAUAAGGCAAGAGUUCUUGGAAAAAAGAGUAAAAGAAAGAUUUGAAGAGAAAGCAGGUUGUACAAUCCAGCAA